AUGAACAGCACGACCAACGCAAAAACCUUGGCAAAUAACGUCAUCCCGCCACUGAGCGAACAAAGUGACGAGGAUCUGCUUCUCCGCUACCGUGAGAAGGAGGAUCGCCGUUCGUUCGAAGAGCUAGUUCACCGGUACGAGCGUGAGCUGUAUAGCUACUUGCGCCGGUACUUGGACGACGCGGCGAUGGCAGAGGAUGCCUUCCAACAAACAUUCCUACAACUUCACCUGAAGUGCGACCAGUUUGAAGAAGGUCGCAAAGUGCGUCCUUGGCUGUACACGAUUGCCACCAACCAGGCCAUCGAUGCGCAGCGCCGCAACAAACGGCACCGAAUGGUGAGUUUAGACCGACGUACCAAUGACGAUGAUGACGUAGGGGCUUUAAUCACGCUGUUACAGAACGACGAAGCGGGGCCAGCAGCAGAUCUUGAAGCGGCCGAACGACGCGACUGGGUGCGCGAAUCGGUCGCGGCUCUGCCAGACCCGCUGCAGUCCGCGGUGAACCUCAUCUACUAUCAAGGACUGAAGUACCGCGAAGCUGCCGAAGUUUUGUCGCUUGGCAACAAGCCGACCGACCUGGAGAGCCGUGAAGCGAUGCGAGAGAAUUUGUAUGGUUAUUUGCUCAAUGCUCUAGAGCCUCACGAGCAUGAGCAAGUCGAAACCAGCCUCAAAACGGAUGAACGGCUGCGGAAAGAAAUGGAAUUGCUUCAGCGGGGACUACUCCCGUUGGCGCUCGAUCGCGAGCAUCACGAGGCACCCGAGGGCUUAGCCGAACGCGCGUGUCAGUGCGUGGCCGAUUACUCGAAGAGUGUCAGGCCCCGCUCGAUGAUGCACGAACCGCCGGCGCCCCGUUCACGCGGCUGGAGCAUGCAGGACCUGUUCGUGUCAGCGGGAAUUGUGAUUGCGGCCUCACUGUUGUUCUUCCCGGCCGUAUCGCACAGCCGCUUUCAGGCUCGAAUCGCCGGCUGCCAGAACAACCUUCGCAUGAUCGGCAACAGCCUCACUCAUUACAGCCAGCAACACGGCAACUAUUUCCCCGAUGUCCCUCAGACAGGCAACCUGGCCACCGCCGGGGUCUUCGCCCCCAAGCUGCUCGAUUGCGGCUUCCUCGAUUGCCCCAAAUGGUUGGUGUGCCCCUCGUCCGACUUGGCCGAGAACGGCGAACUGAAAGUCCCCUCGUGCGACGAUCUGAGCAACGCCUCGCCUGAGGAGCUCGACCAAUGGCGCCAACGCCUCUCCGGCAGCUACGGUUACUCGCUGGGUUAUGAAGACGAAGGUCAGUACCGUUCGCCGCAAAAUCACCACCGGAAAAACUACGCGGUGAUGUCGGAUACCCCCGACCAUCACAUCGAAGAUUUCCAAAGCGCCAAUCAUGGUGGCUAUGGUCAAAACGUAUGGUUCGAAGACGGCCACGUGCAGUUCUUGAAGAACGGCAUUGCCCCUGGCGACGACGAUAACAUCUUCGUGAACGACAACGGCCAAGUCGGCCCGGGUCUUCAUGAGAACGAUGCUGUCAUCGGCACCAGCGGAUGUGCCCCCAAGCUGCAUGCCGUAUCUCGCUAG